AUGGCGACCAUCACCCCGCCCUCGACUUCGCCCAUGUCCAUGCCCCUCUCCAUCAAGGUUGAGGCGGUUGGCAUGGGUGGCCUUGCGCGCCCCGCGGCCGCGGGGCCGAACAAGCCCAAGCCGCGCAAGCGCAACAACAACGCCGAGAAGCGCGAGCUUCACAACGCCACUGAGCGCGCACGCCGCGAAACUCUGAAUGGUCGCUUCGACACUCUCCGCGACCACGUACCAGGCCUCCGUGGCUGCCGCCGCGCCUCCAAGAGCGCUGUCGUCAACGGCGCCAUUGCGUCGCUCAAGGACAACCGCCGCCGCAGCCUCCUAUCGGCCAAGGUCAUCCGCGAACUCGCUGCCGAGCGCAACGAGCUCUUCGAGGAGUGCAACCGUCUCCGCCAGAUGGCGCACCUUCCUCCCAAGACUGGCCCUACCAACCUCUGGACCGACGAGAUGGCGCAGCUUUGCACUGUCGAGGAGGAGCCGGUCUACAUCCCCGAAGAGACCGGUGACGACCUUUUGAUCGACGACGACUCGGACGAGAUGGACCUCCAGAAGGCCAACCUCGUUGCCGGCAGCAUUGCAUCUGGUCUCAUCACUCCGCGCUCGUCGACCGACAUGGGCUCGGAGCAGUCGAUCUGGCCUUCCUCAUUUGCUGCUCCCGCGAUCCCGUUCUCAUUUAUGAACAACUCGACUGAGACGUCUAGCUCGAACUCUCCUGUCGGCAGCUCGCACAUGAUCACGCCGCCGCACAUUGAGGGUCCUUCGCCCAACGUCGCACUUGGCGUUUCGCCGCACAGCUCGUCGCCGGCCGAGUCGCCACAGCAGCACGAGGUCUGGGGCCAGUUUGGCCAGAGCCUCUUCCAGCAGGCCCAGCAGGCUCAGCAGGCUCAGCAGGCCCAGCAGGUCCAGCAGGCUCAGAAGGCUCAGGCGCAGGCUAUGCUCCAGAUGCCGACCCAGUUCGGCCAGGCUCAGUACGACCUCUCGAUGUUCCUUACGCAGGGAAUGCCCCAGAACGUACCAACUGCUGUUGCGUUCCCGCAGCAGCAGCGUGAGGCCAUGCGCACUCCCCCGGUCCCUGCGGCCGCGCCGUUUGACUUUGGCAACUUUGCCAUCCCAGACUGGCUUCAGCAGCAGCCUGUCGGUGUCUAA